AUGUCGACUAGAAAAGUGUUUAUCCGUGGGAAUGAGAAAGACAAUGAAUUAUCACUGGUAACCACAAACGCUUAUGACUUGAAUCUGUCGGUCAUACCUGUUAUGAAACCCAUCACUGAUUAUAACAAUCAGUUCAAUGAAUUAGAGGGCAAUCGGUUGAGUGAACUCUUGGACGCCCUGAAGAUUAUGAUGAGUCCUGUGGUUAACGUUAAUGAUAAUGAAAUAAACGCUUUUUCUGUCGAUGCCUUCAAUUUGAUACUUCCUUAUCAGGAAAAUGGUCUCCAAAAUACUGUCAAAAUGGCUAAACUCCUGGAAUGGAUGGGACUUGAAUGGGACUCUGAUGUGAUUAUAAUUGACCUGUUAAGUGCUAUUAUACUGUUUAAUUCGAACCGACCUAACCUCAUUAACAAAACUGCCAUAAAAGUAGAGUUUCAUGCUGAGCAAAAGGAGAUAGUUAACUGCAAUCAUCACCUGGUGUUGAGGGUCAUGUCCAGAAUACCCAAGGUCUAUGGACCCCUUAUUGAAGAAAUUAAGUAA